GUGACGUGCUUGCAGGACUUCUUUGGAGAUGAUGAUGUCUUCAUUGCCUGUGGACCUGAGAAGUACCGGUACGCUCAGGACGACUUCGUCCUGGACCACAGCGAAUGCCGUGUUAUGAAGUCCUCCUACUCCCGAUCAUCUGGCAUGAGGCAUCCUGGCUCCAAAAGCCCAGGACCUUCACGUCGGAGCAAAUCACCUGCCUCAGUAAAGAGGGGUGGCCACUACUCCAGUGCUUAUUCUUCACCAAAAUCCCCAGUUAAUGGAACCCCAACCAGUCAAUUAUCCACCCCAAAAUCUACAAAGUCCUCCAGUUCUUCACCAACAAGCCCAGGCAGCUUUCGUGGACUCAAGAUCACUCCACAUGGUGGGUCUUCUUCCAACGUGAAUGGUGUACCUGAAACACUCCAUUGCCAGAGUCCUGAAGGUGUGAAUGGAAACAAGUGCUCGGGGGCAUCGACCAUUCUGGAGAAGUACAAAGUGGGGAAGGUGAUUGGGGAUGGCAACUUUGCUGUUGUGAAGGAGUGCAUAGAACGAUCCACAGGAAAAGAAUUUGCCCUGAAGAUCAUAGACAAGGCUAAAUGCUGUGGGAAGGAACACCUGAUUGAAAAUGAAGUGUCUAUUCUGCGUCGAGUGAAGCACCCAAAUAUCAUCAUGCUCAUAGAGGAAAUGGACACUGCAGCAGAACUCUAUCUGGUGAUGGAGCUGGUCAAGGGGGGGGAUCUCUUCGAUGCCAUCACUUCUUCCACCAAAUACACAGAGCAGGAUGGGAGUGCCAUGGUCUACAACCUGGCCAGUGCACUCAAAUACCUGCAUGGUCUCAACAUUGUGCACAGAGACAUCAAGCCAGAAAACCUCCUGGUUUGUGAAUAUCCAGAUGGAACCAAAUCUCUGAAGCUGGGAGACUUUGGGCUGGCGACUGUGGUUGAAGGACCUUUGUAUACUGUCUGUGGUACCCCCACCUAUGUGGCUCCAGAAAUUAUUGCAGAGACAGGCUAUGGCCUGAAGGUGGAUAUCUGGGCUGCAGGUGUGAUCACAUACAUCCUGCUCUGUGGCUUUCCACCCUUCCGCAGUGAAAACAACCUUCAGGAAGACCUCUUUGAUCAGAUACUUGUUGGGAAGCUGGAAUUUCCUUCUCCCUACUGGGAUAACAUCACUGAUUCAGCAAAGGAGUUAAUCAGCCUGAUGCUACAUGUGAAUGCUGAAGCCAGAUACACAGCAGCACAAAUCCUAAGCCAUCCCUGGGUGUCAGUGAGUAAAUGACAUUUUCC